AUGCUGCAGCAAAUUUUACGUGAUAUGUAUAUUGACCCUGAGCUCCUGGCAGAGCUGAAUGAAGAGCAAAAGCAGAUCUUGUUCUACAAAAUGAGAGAGGAGCAGCUGAGACGCUGGAAGGAGAGGGAAGAAAAAGCACGAAUGGAGGAGGCUGUGCUGAGAGAGACAGCGAGGUGCAAACAGAGUAGUGACAAACACGUGCAGUGGCUGCGUGGGAAGGAUGGUGAGGUCUGGGUCUGGGUUAUGGGAGAAGCCCCGGGUGACAAGCCGUAUGAGCAGAUAUCAGAGGAGCUCAUAGCAGAGCGAGCCAGGCAACAAGCACAGAAGGAAGCAGAAGAACUAUGGAGACAAAAGGAGGCUGAAAUUACAAGGAAAUUCCGAGAUGCUAUGGCUCAAGAAAAAGCCAGAAUAGUGGCAGAGAAAUGGAAAAUAGAAAUAGAAGAUCGGAAAGCUGCCAAAUUGGAGGAGGAAAAAAUUCAGGAGGAACUGAAGAGAAGAGAAGAAGAGGAAAGACAAAAAGGUGAAGAACUAAUAAGGCAGCAGGAAGAAAUCCGAGCAAAGGAGUUGUAUUUGAGCCUCAAGAAAGCUCAGCAGCAUAAUCAACACAGUGAUGAUGACCAGGAAUGGGAAGAACAGUUGCGCCGCUCCAAAGCUGCGGAUGAGGAAAGGAGCCACAAAGCACGCAGGGCCCGGGAUGAGUAUCGACGGCAGUCCUUGCGUGCCAUCCAGAAGGGAAGAGUGGCUGGCCUGAGUAAUUUGUUCCAGGGGACAAGCUUGAGUAAUGAACAGGAGAUAAAACUGAACAACAAUAGUGCAAGUCCUUUGCUGUCUGAAUUACUCGCCUUUCAAUGCAGUAACAUUUGGGAGCGCCCUUCUAGACCCUUUUCCCGAGAUGUCAUCAUUCGUUGGUUCAAAGAAGAGCAGAUCCCUCGACGUGCUGGGUUUGAGAGGAACACCAACAGGAUUGCUCAAUGGUUUCAUGGUAUCAUCAGCCGCCAGGAGGCAGAAGAGUUGUUGAUGAAUAAAUCUGAAGGGACAUUCCUGGUGCGAGUCAGUGAGAAAAUCUGGGGCUAUGCAUUGUCUUAUCGCCAGCAAAGUGGGUUCAAACACUUCCUGGUUGAUGCUUCCGGGGAUUUCUACAGCUUCUUGGGGGUAGAUCCAAACCGACAUGCAACGCUGACAGAUCUUAUUGAUUUUCACAAGGAAGAAAUCAUCACAUCCUCAGGUGGGGAGCUACUACUGGAACCAUGUGGACAGCAGAAGAAUCCACCAGACUACAGCCCUUUAUUUGAAUAA